AAAACAACUUGUUGUUUGAAGGUGAAAAACCCCUUUAAGCCUAUGUUACAUGUGGCAUUUUCUACACCAGCAGCAGCCCAAAAACAUAAAAUUUACUGCUUUUUUGGCAGAAUGAGAACAAAGAGGGUUGCGUGGGAACCCAGCCUUGACCUCUAAAAAUGAGCAAUAAAGCUGUUCUGGGAGCUGUUGGGAUCAUGGGCAACAGAGAUGCUAUUUGCUUACUUGUGUUUACUCAUGCCUGUAAUGAGGAACAAUAUCUAAAGCAAGUAAUUGAUUGACCUUGUUUGAUAAUGUAUUGCUGAGUUUAUGAAACCAUGCUAUGCUCUUAUGUUGGUACAUAACAUUUCAUUUAUUUAUACAAUGGUAACAUGGUAUACUGCUGGAAUUCUGAGUUCAACCAGGACACUAAUUAUGUGAAAUCUGCAUGUCAGCCCCUUGUCUGCAUGGAUUUAUUCUGUUUAUGCAUGUGUAUGAUAUGCCAUGUGUUUUUGGUCUAACCUGCUUGUGUCAGAAUGUUUUGUUAUUGAAAUGUGCGAAUGUCUGUGCUUUUCAUGACAUUCUCCCUUGUACAUGUGCAAACUAAAAUUAAAUUCAGGUUAUUGUGACUUCCCAUUCAGCAGGAUGAGAACGGACACCAAAAAUUACGUUUAUGCAAAAAGAAAUCCCCUUGGAUAUCGAUCAGUUAAUAAUGAGUUCUUAUUGAUUAACACCAUAGUGACAUAUAGUUGGCUGGCAAUAAAUUAAUUAUCUCAUUUGGUGUUAAUUCAUUGCUACAUAUAUGGUCUGAGAUGUGUAGUCAGUAGGAGGAGAGAACUACUAUGAACUGAAAUGAUAAAUCCAUGGUAAUGUAGAAUUCAAUUUCUGGGGGACGGGGCAUAGAACAGUUGGUCGUGGUGGGGUCUCCCUGACGUUCUAGGAGAUAAGUAUGUAAGUGCUGGAGACCAAGAGGGUAAGAUUGAAAUGUGUCCAUGAGAGUUAAGCUAAAAAAAUUCUACAUGAUUUUAUUAUAUAACCAUGACAUAAUUUUAAAGACUAAAAAGAGUUUUUUAAAAAAAAAGUUGUAAAGGGACAUUGCCCAUCUUCCCCUGCUAUAAGAGAGGGCCACAUGACAUGCCAGAAAUAAAUAAAAGCCAUUAGUAGGGUACAAAGUACUAGCUAUCGUUGCCCUUGUACAUACAUUUUUUUUCUACUGUGCUCUGACAUUGAAUGAAGUGCACAAACUGCUGGAGGCUUAGAGAUAAAAUCAAUCACACACUGGCCAGUAAUUAUGACAAGGAAAGUCAUUGAUCAGUUGUAGUUCAAAGGCAGCCUUGUACCAGAAAUAUCCCUUCUGCCCUGCUUCAUUUGGAUUUCACUUGACUUUAUUUAUCACUGGCAACCGCAUCACAAUAGUUGAUUUUGCCAUGAAUUUCUGUAAAACUUCUUCAUCCAUGGAAUGUAAUCUUGUAUAUCAACAUUACACUGAUUACUGGUUAAAUUAUCUACAGUGAAACUUUUUUGUAAAAAUGAUGUGCCACUGACAGUCACCAGGACGUUGAGAAGCAUCAUCAAAAUCCAUUAACAUGUCCUCCGGUCAUGGAAUGCUCAAUAGGUCAAGAGUGAAAAGCAAAGCAUAGAGAGGUUUCAACCAGCAGAAUCUGACUAGUGAAAAAACUAGACAGUAUAACAAACUGAGAGCAGACUAAGAGAACUGGGAAAACAUAAGGCAGAAGGACCUUGGCAAAUGAUGACCUAAGGAAUAGAGAGCUACCAACUGACUGUUCUUGGUAUAUUUAUUUUACAAUAACCAUUCCAGUUUCACUCUGGAGGAAGAGAGAGGGCAUUGGAUAACUCUGCAAUUAAUGUAAAGGGUCCAGCACACUAAAGGAAAAAUUUAUAGAACUCUUUUAUCUAUCAUGAACUGAAGUUGGCUUGUGCGAUGUUUACAUUUUUGGAGCUGGUCAAAAAUUGCCUUCGCUUUCCUGGAUUUUGGUGGAAGAGUAGCUGACACCUGCUUAGAUAUUUAUCUUCAAACACAUUGUUAGGAAAGUUAUUCUUCAUUGAUAAACAUAGACUGUACCAAGGUAUUUAAACCUUAAGAUAAUCCUUGGGAGUAGAAAGAUGAGAACAAUUCAUGAAGGAGAGGAAAAUGAAGGUAAAGGGGAGACAAAUGAACUUGCAAGGAAGGAAAGUUCAAGCCGUAACAUGAGGAAUUCAGUAGGACAUGAGGACUUUGAAGAAUUUGUCCUUGAUUUUGAGGAUUAUGACCUUUGGGAAUCCAUUAAAACCCAUCUGAAUGAUCCAGAAGGGACCAGCAGCUGUGUAAAUCUGGAGGAUCAGACAACGCAUCGGAGGCACAUAGCAGCAAAGAACCGCAUCUCUAGGAAGGAGCCUUCCAUCACUGCUCCCAUAUGGGCAAGGACUAAAAGGAAGAAAGAUAAGGGACCUCAUGAGGUGUUUGUGGAGCUGAACGAGUUGAUCUGUGAAGGGGUGCAUAAGAUGCAAUGGAGAGAGACUGCUCGCUGGAUAAAGUUUGAGGAAAAUGUUGAACAGGAUACAUCUCGGUGGGGGAAACCUCAUGUGGCCUCUUUGUCUUUUCGUAGCCUCUUGGAACUCAGGAAGACCAUUACACAUGGAGCCCUCCUUCUGGAUCUUGAGCAGACAACCAUGCCAACAAUCAUUCAGAUGAUAGUGGACACAAUGGUAGAUUCUGGCCAGAUCGGAGCCUGUGACCGUGCAAGUGUGCUGAGGGCUCUUCUUCUGAAGCACAGCCACCCCAAUGAUGGAAGGGAGGCACACCACCCGAGGAGCAGUACUAACAGCAGCACUGGGAACCAUGUUGAGAGCAACAGCCCGCCAAUCGACAACCGCUUCAGCAAAUCAAAUGAUACCGACAGCAGGCGGAAAACCCUAAAUGGUCCAGAAGGUCAUCGUAUGAAACACUGGAAGCUGAUGGAAAAGAUCCCUGAAAAUGCUGAAGCGACAGUGGUCCUUGUUGGGUGUGUAGAUUUCCUAGAACAGCCAGCAUCGGCCUUUGUGCGCCUUGAUGAGGCUGUCUUACUGGAAUCAGUCUUAGAAGUACCCAUUCCUGUCCGUUUCCUCUUUGUGUUGCUGGGUCCAACUCAGGCUAACAUGGAUUAUCAUGAGAUCGGGCGCUCCAUUUCCACUCUCAUGUCAGAUAAGGUUUUUCAUGAAGCAGCGUAUAUGGCAGCUGAGCGACAGGACCUCCUGAAUUCCAUCAAUGAGUUCCUAGACUGCAGCAUGGUGCUACCUCCAUGUGAGAUGCAGAGUAAAGACUUGCUCCGCUCCAUUGCUGCUUUCCAGAAGGACCUUCUGAGAAAGAGGAGGGAACGGGAGCAGCGGCGGUCUACCAGGGAGAAUGUACCACCCACGAUGCAAGAGGCCAACCAAGUGAAGGUGGAUGAUGAAGAGGAUGGCGAGUGUCAAUCUGACCCUCUUGAGCGAUCCGGAUAUCUGUUUGGGGGUCUAGUGCGGGACAUCCGCAGGCGCUAUGUGAAGUAUUGGAGUGAUAUCAAAGAUGGUCUGAAUAGCCAGUGCCUGGCUGCUUCUCUCUUUAUCUACUUUGCAGCUCUCUCUCCAGCCAUCACAUUUGGUGGCCUACUUGGUGAGAAGACUCAAGGACUGAUGGGUGUGUCAGAGCUCAUAGUGUCCACCUCUGUGCUUGGCGUCCUUUUUGCUCUCCUUGCCGCCCAACCGCUGCUGAUUGUUGGCUUUUCUGGACCCCUGCUCGUCUUUGAAGAGGCUUUUUUUAAGUUCUGCCAGGUUCAGGAAAUUGAGUACCUAACAGGGAGAGUAUGGAUAGGAUUUUGGCUAAUUUUUUUCAUUGUGGUGAUGGUGGCUGCUGAAGGGAGUUUCCUUGUCCGUUACAUCUCUCCAUUCACCCAGGAGAUCUUCGCCUUCCUUAUCUCUCUCAUUUUUAUCCAUGAGACCUUUUAUAAACUAUACAAGGUGUUUGCAGAGCACCCGUUGCUCAGGACUUACCCUCCUGUGGGUGCUGUCGUUGGCCGUACUGCUGCUCUGGGCCCCCGAAUGCAGCCCAACACUGCUCUGCUUUCUUUCAUACUCAUGCUGGGGACCUUUCUUGUUGCCUUUUUCCUGCGCAAAUUUAAGAACAGCCGUUUCCUAGGAGGGCAGGCUCGGCGAGUUAUUGGAGAUUUUGGCAUACCCAUAUCAAUCCUUGUUAUGGUUUUUAUUGAUUAUGCAAUAACAGAUACAUACACACAGAAGCUUAAUGUUCCAUCUGGUCUUUCCGUUACAUCCCCAGGGAAGCGUGGCUGGUUUAUUGAUCCCAUGGGAACCUCCAAGCCUUUUCCACUCUGGAUGAUGUUUGCUUCAGCCAUCCCAGCUUUGUUGGUGUUUAUUCUCAUGUUUAUGGAGACACAAAUUACUACUCUGAUCGUUAGCAGGAAGGAGAGGCGCUUGCAGAAAGGCAGUGGGUUCCAUUUGGACCUUCUGCUUAUUGGCUCCUUGGGAGGAGUAUGUGCGCUUUUUGGGUUACCUUGGCUGACAGCAACAACAGUGCGAUCUGUGACUCACAUCAAUGCAUUGACGGUUAUGAGCAAAACCGCGCCUGGCGAGAAACCACGGAUCGCUGAAGUCAAGGAACAGAGAGUAACAGCUAUUCUGAUCUCUGCUUUAGUGGGGCUCUCCAUAGUCAUGGGAGAAAUGUUGCGCCAGAUCCCUUUGGCUGUGCUUUUUGGUAUAUUCUUGUACAUGGGUGUGACAUCCCUAACUGGAAUUCAACUAUUUGAGCGUCUUCUACUAAUUCUCAUGCACCCCAAACAUCAUCCUGAGCACCCAUAUGUGGUAAAGGUCUGCACAUGGAGAAUGCAUCUCUUCACUUGCGUUCAGCUUUCAUGUAUAGUGAUUCUCUGGGUGGUGAAAUCCUCUCCUGCAUCACUUGCCUUCCCCUUUCUCCUCAUCCUCACUGUUCCACUGAGAAAGUUUGUGCUACCACGCUUCUUCCAGGAGAGAGAACUAAAAGCCUUGGACUCUGAAGAUGUAGAACCAAACUUUGAUGAAGACGGACGAGAUGAAUACAACGAGCUUCACAUGCCCGUCUGAGGCCAGUACCGAUUUUGUUCUGUGAAACCUCGCGUCCCUUUCUCUCUACUCUUGUCUGCCUUUCACUCCUUCUUUUUGAACCUUUCCAUUAUCAACCUUUGGAAUUUUUCAAACAAAAUACUGGGUCCAUUGUACCCUUCUGUUUUUAUUUCAUCACUGAGCCCAUUGUACAGUGCUGAGCCCAUUGGUCCCUUUCACUAUUCAUCCAUUCAUAGUUACAGAUUAAAUGACAACCUAUGAUAGCUUUAAAAAUGCACCAAGUGAUAGUGGAUGAUCAAUAAAGCUAUUUCCUAAAUAAUACCUACAUUCCAUUCAAGUUCUGUGAUUGUCAGACUUGAAAAAGGAGAAAUGCAGAAGUGGGCCAGGCAUUUUGAGAGCUGGCUACUGCUACAGUGGGACUUGGGAAGUUGCUUGUUUUGCAGCAAAAUGUUACACUGCAGAGCAUAUUAAUAAACAAUACUCUAAGAUAACUAAUGUAUUAAACAAUCACCUCAUUGUAAGUGUAUUCCCCGCUGGUUGGUUUAGCCAUGUCUGCAUCAAUGUUGGUUACAUAUGGACACACAAAGCAAGGAUGUAAUUACAGUAGUUGCCCCAAUAGUAAAAUCUGCUCCUGGUGCUAGAUAAGCAAAUGCAGAGUAAUAUUUUGGAAACGCAUUUAUGAAUCAUUUCCCCAGCACUGAGACUUGUGGAACAUUACGUUUAAUUGACAUGAAAUAUUUGUCUAUUUAUCAUUAAUAUUACCCUACCCUCUCUGGUACCCUCUCUGUUAUUUACUGUAUGUAGUAAAUUAUACAGCCAUGUAAUUACACUGGUAUAUAUAUUUAAUAUCCUUGCAUAAUAAAUAAUUGCUGUAAAUAA